AUGACCCUCACGGGGGGCUCCGCCCUCCUGCUGCUGCUGCUCUCUGCCCGCAUCCAGGUGUCUCCAGCCUCCGGGGACUUUGAGCUCCAGAUCGUGUCGAUGCAGAACUCCGCCGGGCGGCUGCAGACGGGCGCCUGCUGCGGCGCCGGGGCGCGCCGGGACCCGGUGGCGGCGGCGGCCGAGCGGCGCUGCCCGGUUGCGGCGGCGGCGGCCGAGUGCUCCACGUACUUCCGGGCGUGUCUGAAGGAGUUCCAGCUGAAGGUCUCCCCGGCCGGGCCCUGCAGCUACGGCAGCGCCGCAACGCCCGUGCUGGGCGGGAACUCCUUCUCUCUGGGGGGGGCCGAGGCCGAAGACGCCGCACGCAUCACGCUGCCGUUCAGCUUUGCCUGGCCGAGGUCGUACACGUUGAUCGUAGAAGCCUUGGACUUCAACAACGACUCGUCCUCCAGCAGCAGCGCGGUGAUAGAGAAGGCGGUACUCUCGGGGAUGAUCAACCCGAGCCGCCUCUGGCUGAGUCUGGAGCACCACGGCUCCGCCAGCUUCCACUACCGGGUCCGGCUCCGCUGCCACGAGCACUACUACGGCUCCGGCUGCAACCGGUUCUGCCGGCCGCGGGACGACUUCUUCGGGCACUACGAGUGCGACCACAACGGCAACAAGACGUGCCUGGAGGGCUGGUCCGGGCCCGACUGCAGCACCGCGAUCUGCAGACAGGGCUGCAGCUCUGAACACGGCUCCUGUAAAACACCUGGAGAGUGCAAAUGUCUUUAUGGCUGGCAGGGAGAGUACUGUGAUCAGUGUAUCCCUCACCCUGGCUGUGUCCACGGCAGCUGUGUGGAGCCCUGGCAGUGUCUAUGUGACACCAACUAUGGAGGACAGCUGUGUGACAAAGAUCUGAACAUGUGUCGGACGCUGCAACCGUGUUCGAACGGAGGAACGUGCAGCAACACGGGACCGGACAAAUACCACUGCUCCUGUCCCGACGGCUACUCCGGGGCCACCUGUCACAGAGCCGAGCAUGCCUGUCUGUCCAGCCCCUGUCUGAGUGGAGGAAGCUGCGUUGAAACUAGUCUGGGAUUUGAGUGCCGCUGCGCUGCCGGCUGGACUGGACCCUCCUGCUCCAUCAAUGUAGAUGAGUGUCUGGUGAACCCCUGCAGCCACGGGGGAAGCUGCCAGGAUCUGGUGAACGGUUUCCGGUGUACGUGUCCUCCCCAGUGGACCGGAAAGACCUGCCUCAUCGACGGCAACGAGUGUGACAACAGCCCCUGCCUCAACGCCAACUCCUGCCGCAAUCUGAUUGGAGGAUACUUCUGCGAGUGCGUCCCUGGUUGGACGGGCCACAACUGUGACACCAAUAUCAAUGACUGUCAGGGUCAGUGUCGGAAUGGAGCCACGUGCAAGGACCUGGUGAACGGGUACGAGUGUGUGUGCGCUCCAGGCUUCGGCGGCGAGCGCUGCGAGGAAGACGUGGACGAGUGCGCCAGCGGGCCGUGCCUCAACGGCGGCCGUUGCCACGACGACGUGAACAGCUUCCACUGCCGGUGUCCGCUGGGCUUCUCCGGCAGCCGCUGCCAGUUGGACACGGACUACUGCCUCCACGGCCCGUGUCUGAACGGCGGCCGCUGUUUCAACCUUGCGUCCGAAUACGUCUGCGAAUGUCCCGAAGACUUUGAGGGGAAGAACUGCUCGCACCUGAAGGACCACUGCCGCAGCUCGCCAUGCAAAGUGAUUGACAGCUGCACCGUGGCGGUGGCGUCCAACAGCACGCCGGGCGGGGUGCGUUUGAUCUCGUCCAACGUGUGUGGCGCCCGCGGGCGCUGCCAGAGCCACGCCGGCGGGCAGUUCAGCUGCCAGUGUGACGAGGGAUUCACCGGGACCUACUGCCACGAGAAUGUAAACGACUGUGAGGGCGCCCCCUGUCUGAACGGAGGAACCUGUAUAGAUAAAGUCCGUCAGUACGAGUGUAUCUGCGCCGACGGCUGGGACGGACCGACCUGCCUCAAUAACGUGGACGACUGCAGCUCGGCGCCCUGUCAGAACCGCGGCGAGUGUCGGGAUCUGCUCAACGACUUCUACUGCCAGUGUGACGACGGCUGGAAGGGAAAGACCUGCCACUCAAGAGAGAGUCAGUGCGACGAGGCGACCUGCAACAACGGAGGAACCUGCUACGACGAAGGAGACGCCUUCAAGUGCCUGUGUGCCGCCGGCUGGGAGGGCGCCAGCUGUAACAUCGGGAGGAACAGCAGCUGUGUGCCGAGUCCCUGUGAGAACGGAGGAACCUGCGUGGCGGGCGGAGACUCGUUCAACUGCGUCUGUAAGGAGGGCUGGGAGGGCGCCACAUGCAGCCACAACGCCAACGACUGCAGUCCUCAUCCCUGCUACAACAGCGGGACGUGUGUGGACGGAGACAACUGGUACCGCUGUGAAUGUGCUCCGGGCUUCACCGGGCCAGACUGCAGGAUCAACGUCAACGAGUGCCAGUCGUCUCCCUGCUCCUCCGGCUCCACCUGUCUGGACCAGAUCAACUCCUACCGCUGUGUCUGUCCCCCGGGAAGAACUGGCCCGCGCUGCCAGCAAGUGUCGGGGGGGCGGCCCUGCCUGGUUUCGGGGCUCCUGGCUCCUGAUGGAAGCAGAUGGGACGACGACUGCAACACCUGUCGCUGUGGCAACGGGAGGAUCAGCUGCACCAAGCGGUGGUGUGGCCCGGCGCCCUGCAGCCUCCACGGUAUCCCCCCCCACGGCGGCGUUGCCGAGUGUCCGGCGGGCCAGAGCUGCGUUGCCGUGGGCGACGAGCGAUGCUUCGUGAAGCCCUGCGCGGGACGCGGUGAGUGCCGGGCCCCUGGCCUGCAGGCCCCGCCCACCGCCAGGUGUGUCUCCGAGAACACCUGCGCCAACGUCACCUUCACCUUCAACAAGGAUGCCAUGGCAACGGGCGUGACGGUGGAGCAGGUUUGCCGAGAGCUGCGGCGCCUCUACGUGGUCACCGACCUGUCCUCGGACUCCUCCGUCUCCGUGAGUUGCGAGCCGGCUCUUGGCGCCAGCAACCAGAUCCACGUGGCCAUCGCGCCGGAGGACCAGCACAGCGGGCUGGGCUUUGUCACAGAGAUCACCGACCGGAUCGUGGCUGUGGUCGGCAGGGGCAACGCCAACGGCUCCGUGGUUGGAGCCAUCGCCGAGGUCCGGAUCCAGAGACGCCAGAGCAGAGACCCCCGCGGUCAGCUGGUGCCUCUGCUGGUGUCCGUGGCGAUCGUGGUCUGGGCGUUGGCGAGCGCCUCGGUGCUGCUGUGGUGCGUGCGGUGGAGACGGAGGAAGCCGAGCGCCCACGCCGCCGGCGUCAGCACGCCGCCGGCCAGGGGUCCAACCCCCCCGGCCCAGGCCCCCCCGGUCGCCGAGGGCAACAACAACGCCCUCUACAUCAGGAACGCCAUCGAGAAGAACCAGCGGCAGCGGUCACUCCGCGAGGACAGGAACGUCGCCACCGCCGCCAGGAGCCAAUCGGACGAGGGCAACUCGGACAAGCGGCCGCAGAGGGCGCCGCGGUGUCUCGGCGCGCCUCCGCCGGCGUACUCGCUGGUCGACUGGGAGGGGCGGCACUGGAUGGGCAAACGGGACAACCGGCGGCAGCAGCCCCAGAGCCCGACCAGGGUGGAGUACAUCGUAUGA